AAUAUUAUAUUAGAAUGACUGCUUUACCCUUAGGUAAAGCACUGAAUAUGAAGUUCUAAACCUACAUUGCAGUCACAUAUUUUUGCAAUGUGUAGAUGGAUAUGAAGUUAGGUUAGCCUUGCUGAGAGCGAUGGACCAUGAUGUAAAGUUUUCCGUCAGGUCAAGUAGCAUCGGAUUGACCGAGCGUCUCCAGUUUGAUGGCAAUGUAACUGUUGUUAGACAAUUAAGUACCGAGCAAGAGAUUCUGUGCAUGUGUUACACGGAAAGUCACGACUUUCUGGCAGCAGGUCUAACGGAUGGUUCGGUUAAGUUAUUCAAAACGAGCCCCAAAGGAGAUAAUUUGGUAUUACGCGAUGUAGAAACAACGCAGAAACCAAGUCCAGUGACUACCAUUAAACACAGACCUGUUCACAGAUCUCGCCCAAUCACGCGUACCCUUUUAUCAACUUAUGCUAAUGGAUGCGUCAAGUGCUGGCAUUAUCCAAGCUCCCAGUGCUUGUACACGAUACGGGAGAAGAGACAGACCCUCGGUUUGGCUUAUCACAAUUACCUGUCGAAAUUUGUAACCGUUGGUGAUGAUACAAAACUAUUUCUCUAUGACGAGGAGACUAAAAAGCUGGAAAGAGUGUUCCAUGCUAGCGACUCGUUGGAAGUUAUGGACGGUCAUAAAUCCCGAGUUUUCAGUGCGUGUUUCAACCCAAAAUCGGCGCACGAGUUGAUCAGCGGUGGAUGGGACGACACCAUUCAAUUCUGGGACACCAGGCAACCUUAUGCUAUGAGACGGAUAUCCGGUGUCCAUAUAUGUGGCGACGGAUUGGACAUCAGCAAGAAUGGAAAGGAGAUUCUAACAUGUGCAUGGCAGAGGGACAAUGCCGUUCAGUUAUGGGAUUAUGGCAGUGGAAAACUGCUGGUCACCAUAGAACCUGACAGCUAUACUUCUCUACUCUACUGUGGAAAGUUCGUGACGAACAUGUUUCUUGCUUGCGGUGGUUCGGACACUAAUCUCUUCAGGGUGGUCGAUUUGCGAUCUCAAGCGACUUUGGCGUUAAUCAGGAAUCUGAACGGCGGCACGUACAGCUUCGACAUAGGUCCGGUGAAUCCAAAAUACGCAAAGAAAACAAGAACGCUGUUCGUGGUGCCACAGUUGGCAUUCUGCGCUGGUAGACAGAUCUUCGAGAUAGAUGCUCAGCCUGGAUAACCUUUCUUCGCCUUACAAAGGCUUUAUCCAUUCGUUAUAUUUUUUGAGAAUGAUUUUUCUAAAAAUGGCGUGAAGACGAAAGAAUUUCUCAGCUUGAUAAACGAUGAA